AUACCUAGCAUAGCCAUGAUUUGUUUUGGGUUUUCUUUUGGUUCACAAACAUAUCAAAACUGAAAUCUUGGCGUUUUCUCCUAAUUCAAUUAUUCAUGCGGCCCUCCCUUCCAAACCAGAGUGUGUUCUUGCUAUCCAGAUUGAUUUUUGUUUUGACUUUCUCGUGGUAAUGUCUACCUACAGAUGGGUUUGGAAUCAGAAUGACUCGCUGCUCGGUUGGCCGGGGAAACAAUCUUCAAGAGCAAUGGUCACCAAUACUUCCAUCCCCAAAUUGUUCUCCCCUCACGCCGCUAUCCGCCGACUGACCUCGACCGCUCCCAACCGUGUGGCAUUCGCUGUGUCUCCUGCCGCAGCCCAGAUCGGCAGCUUCAUUGCUGAGAAGCCCUAUACGCCGCCGUCCUGGGCCUGUGACCUCUCCCCCGUCCCGUCCCACAGCUUCACCCUCGGCCAAUUUCCAACUCCGAUUCACAAGUGGAACCUUCCGAAUUUGCCGGAAGGCACAGAAGUAUGGAUCAAGCGGGAUGAUCUUGCUGGCAUGGAACUGAGCGGCAACAAAGUUCGGAAGCUCGAAUUUCUGAUGGCAGAUGCCGUCGCGCAGGGUGCCGAUUGCGUUAUCACUGUCGGUGGUAUCCAAAGCAACCACUGCCGAGCGACUGCCAUGGCUGCCAAGUAUGUUAAUCUUGAUUGCUAUCUGAUACUAGUUACCUCCAGGCUUCUCGUGGAUGAAGAUCCUGGUUUGGUUGGUAAUCUCCUUGUGUCGAGAUUAUUGGGAGCGCACAUUGACCUUGUCUCAAAAGGAGAAUUUAGUAAAAUUGGGAGCGUGGCUUUAACUGACUUGCUAAAUAAGAGGCUUUUGGAAAAAGGACGGAAGCCUUAUGUGAUUUCUGGUGGUGGAUCCAACUCAUUGGGAAAUUGGGGAUAUAUUGAAGCUGUAAGGGAGAUUGAGGAGCAAAUUCAGUUAUCUGGUGAUGUUCAGUUUGAUGACAUUGUUGUUGCAUGCGGCAGUGGUGGAACCGUUGCUGGUCUUGCUUUAGGAUCACAAUUGAGUAGCUUAAAGACAAAGGUCCAUGGAUUCUCGGUUUGUUAUAACCCUGGAUACUUCUAUAACAAUGUUCAAGGUCUGAUUGAUGGACUUCAAUCUGGUUUGAAUUCCCAUGAUAUAGUCAGUAUUGAAGAUGCUAAGGGCUUGGGGUAUGCCAUGAACACAGCUGAGGAGCUUAAAUUUGUAAAGGAUAUAGCUGCAGCAACAGGCAUUGUGCUUGAUCCAGUCUACAGCGGGAAGGCGGCAUAUCGUAUGCUGAAAGACAUGUCCAACAAUCCAACCAAGUGGGAAGGGCGAAAGGUCCUCUUUGUCCAUACUGGUGGUCUCCUUGGGUUGUAUGAUAAGGUGGACCAGUUAUCAUCUUUCUUUGGGAGCUGGCAAAGAAUGGACCUUGAAGAAUUUGUCCAUGCAAAGAAGGCACUUGUCAGAUGUUCCGCUUGAUAUGCACUUUUCUUCUUUUAUUGAUCGGAAUUCUGGACAUUUAAUUUAUUUAGAGAGCAUUUUUCUCACAUUUGUGCACAGAAAUUCAGAAUAUAUGGCUAGUGUUGAGUAUAGUAUUAAUACAAUAUGAGAAUAAAGUGCAUCUUUCAGCCAUUUGAAAAUAAAACAUAGGGUUUUUCAUCA